AUGGUAUCUUCAUCAUUUUUGUAAUACUUGUUUGCCUGUAUAUGUGUUGAAUAAUUGAGAGCCCUUACAUUAGUGCCUGAAUAAAAUUAAAAGACUGAGACCAUAAACUUGUUUUGGGUGUCUACCAGUUAAUUUAAAGAAACUUCUAAUCUAUAUGGUUCUACAUAGGGAGGAACGAGCUUAUACAUGAAAGCUAUAGGUUUUGAUUCAAUCGUAACCAACCACAUAGUGUAUAUAGGCAAAUACCCUUGUAUCAUAGAUGAAACAUAUGCUAAAGAGUAAGAGGUGUCAUGUAAGACUACUGCACCCUUGUUAAAUGACAAUUCCCUACAAAAUCUUCUUGUGUCUAUUGAGACAUCUGAUAAUAAGAAAUCAGUAUGUACUUCUUAGACAAAUAAAUGCCUUUUUUCAUAUAAAUAAGAAAUAUCUCCAUAUCUACAUUACUUAAUCCCAUCUAUAGGGUUUGCAAAUUCUGUCUUGACUACCAAAGGACAGUGGGUAUUGUAAGGCGAAGAGCAAAACGAGAUUGAGAAAAUUCUUAUCGGACAGAAAUAUUGUGUUAAAAAUCAAUAUCGAAUUUUGAAUACCCAGAUGUAGAAGGGUGAAGAUGUAAUAUCCUGCAAAUUAGCAGAAGACUUGAUUUCAUCAACCUAUCAAGUCAAUUUGAGUACUAGAAGAGGAAACAUCUUAUCUUAAAAAAGCUUUAAAAUGCUUCCUAUAAUAUCUUCACUAUAAUGGUCAAACGAAGCAAAUGACUCAUUCAUAUUACUCAUAAAAGGGCAAGGAUUCAAGAGCGGAUUGACUGAUAAUAUUGUCAAGAUUUCAGGAACAGAUGUUUCUAUAACAGUGUUAGAAGCAUCCAUAAAUUAAUUAAAAGUCUAAAUACCAAAAAUAACAGAUCAAAUAUUGCUAGAUUCAUUGAAUGUUGUUGGCUCAGUUUUCAUCUCUGGAACUGGGUUACUACAUACUAAAUAUGAUUUGAGAGGAUUGACAAAUAAAUAUACUAAUUGUGAUGUUUUCAGAAAUGACAUAAUUUCAGAUUCUUAAGAAUUAAAGGCUAGAAUUAUUUAACAUGGUAUAUAAUCAUAACCAGAUUCUAUUGACGAAGUUGAGUCUCAAUAUGGAUAGUAUUUUAGAGGAUUUUUGAAAGCAACCCAAUCUGGAGAAUAUUAAUUUUUAUUGGCUGCUGAUGACUGUGCUACUUUCUACAUCUAAACAGCUGAAACACUUAAACCAAUACGUGCUGAGUCUCCAGCUGCUUCAUGUUAGCAAUCUACUUAAUAUAGGAAUUAUUGGGGAGAAUAAUUAUGGGAUAGUUCAAAAGCUGUCAAUUCAAUAUCAUAAACAGUCAAUUUAGUGGAGAACUAAUAUUAUUAUAUAGAGAUCUUUCAUGUUAACACUGUAGGCAAAGGAUUUGUAACUCUUUCAAUGAAUGCUAAAAUUACUGAGGUGUAAGCACCAAAUACAAAAUAAAGUUAAUUGUUUUAAGUGAAAACAUCCUACACUCCUAAAAGUGAAAUCAUAUCGAUUGACAUCUAUAAUUCCUAAGGAAAUGUAUUAUUGUUGGAUACUUUUAAAUUAAAAUUUACAAACUCUAACUAGUUAUCUUACACUACUGAAGAUAUAACUCUCAACUAUAAUAGUGCUUAAAUUUAAUAGUCUCUAUUGGAUUGUUGUAAUUAUUUAACAUAAGUAAAAAUAAAUAAAUUAGAUAAUUCUGGAUUAAUAUUGGAUGAUGCUUCAGAAACUUAUGCAGGCAAUUAAUAUAUUAUAACAUUUCUCUCUCAUAGAGGAGAGGAUAGGUCUCUUCCUUAAUUAAUUACAACUCAGGAAUAAUUUAGUUUUAAUGCUCAAACCACACAAGAACCUUUAGAUCCUAUUUCUGGAACAUUCAAAUUAUCAAUAACAGUUAAAGCUUAAGUUUAAAUAUUUGUAGAUGAAAAUAACAACUAAGGAUUAUCCUAUGAUGUUGACCCAAGUGUUUUGGCUGAUAAUUUCUAAAGACUAAUAGGUGAAAGACCUAUAGUCUGGACUGAGGGAAGACCCAAGGAUGGUUAGAUUUGGAAUAUACUCUUUAGCUCUUGUGCAAAUACUAUCUAAAAUUUCUAAUCAUCAUGGAAUAAUUUACAAUCUGGGAAUGGGAUUGUAAAUUUGGUAGUCAAAAACAUAAAAUCUUGUAAUUCUCAGUUGUAUGAACCAAUACCAACACUUAAAUUAUUCACCUAUGGUACUAAACCUUAGGUUUAAGUUUCUACAUCUGAAGGACAAGGGGCUUGUUUAUAUGAGGGCGCUUGUGAUUUCAACUUUUAGUAGACAAAUUUAUUUGUUUUGUAAUCAUAUGGCGUAAGUAAUGAAAUUAUGAGUCUGAGCUUUACUAUUCAGUCAGAUGCUUAGUUUACUUUAGCAGCUACUGAUUUUACUAUUGAGUUUAGAGGAGCUAUUUGUGGAGAUAUUAAGAUUUAAACAAAUGAUGGUGAUUUAUUUAAAUUACUUUGUACACUUGAGACCUAGAAUGCUUAAGUAGUAGCAGAGGCUGGUACAAACUAAUACCCUAUUGUCUUGAACAAACUAUAUGGAUACAUAAGAAGAGAUCCAAGUGUGAUUGCUGCUUUAACAUCAUUAGAAUUCAACUCAAUCAAUCCUAGCUCUGCAUCUCCUGAUGGAGGAGCUGAAAUUACUUUGUUAGGGCUUGGAUUUCCAAAAGAUUUUUCAAGAAAGUUUGUACUAAAAAUGGGAACCACUUAAAUUACUCCUUUGACUGUAAGUAAUUAGAAGAUUGUAUUUAUGCAUCCUGCAGGAACUGAUGGAACUAUAAAAAUUGAAUUUAAUGGUAAUUCCUACAGUGACUCUUCAUUUACUUAUAAUUUGGCUUAUAAACUAACCAUAACAAAGUUAAGUUCUAUUUUAAUAUCACCAUUUUUCAGGGAUACUUUACAAGUAACAGGAACUAAUUUUGGAACAGUCCUACAGGAUGUUAAGGCAUUUAUUCAGAAUAAGGAAAUUUAAGUAAUUGAUGUACAAGACAAAUUACUAACAGUGCAAGUCAAUGUUACAUUAGAAAUAGCUAAAACCCAAUUAUUGGUUUAAAGGAAAUAAUAUGGAUAAACAUCAUCAGCAAUUACAGUUGACAUUUCAAUAACUCACUUAACUCCUAAUUCAUCGACAAUCAAAAUUAAAUCAUUUGGUGGAUACCAAGUAAAGGUGUUAGGAUCUAACUUUCUGAAUGGUCCGAGUAUUAUCUCUUUUAAUUCUGUAAACCCUUAGAUUUGUGAUAUUACAUAUAGAAAUGACACCAAUCUAUCUUGUAUGAGUCCACCCUAAAUAUUGGAUGUACAAUCUGGAGUAUUUCGUCUCAUCUAGAACUUUAAGCAUGUAACAACUUGUCUAGCCUGCAAAUUUGAGUACCAACUAGCUCCAGAUUUUAUUAAAGUUACAAUUCUUGAUAAUACAAUUAACUAUCUUAAAUAUAAACCAAAGUACCUAAUGCUAUGGUCUGAAGAGGCUAAGUAAUAAAAUUCCAAUCCUUUACUAUUUUACAAAUAGUCUCAAUAUAUUGAUGCUCUCUAAUCAUAUGAUAUAGUUUGGGAUUAAAAAAUUCUAGAGUUUACCCCAGGAUAAGCUGUUUAAAUGUUAUUCCAAUUAUCUGCUACUGCUUCUGAUUUAAUGACCAAGCUUGCGGCUAUAAAACUGUCCUUCAGUUAAAAUGGUCAAACUAAAUUCUCCCUGAUUACUUAAGCAGCUAAUUAAGUAACUAUUGUUAUAGUUCCACAGUUGACUUAAGGAUUACAUUUAACCCAACCUGUUCUUUCGUAUUCUUCUACGUUCCUAUAUUGGUAUACAAGAUUUGGAUUGGGAAUCACAUCUAUAAGUGAUACAUCUUCUGGAGGAGGUGUGAUCUUAAUUAAGGGAUGGGGAUUCAAUGAAAUUUACAUUAAAGAUAUUUUAGUAUAAGAUAAGGAAUGUACUGAAAUCAAAGUGAUUAAUUCUACAGAUAUAUAAUGUAAUUUUAAGGCUAGACUUACAGCUGGUUAAUACAUGCUUACAUUAAAUCAAAUUGAUCAAGAAAACUAAGAUAAAGUAUUAACUAGAAACAUGGCAAUCAAUAUUAAAGAUUAUGCUCUAUCUCCUAAAGUGACUUCAAUUUAAAUUGAUAGUGAAGAUAAAUUAGAUGCUACUAGAAAUGCAAUUAUUCACAUUUCUGGUACUUUUCAAUUGAAAAUUCAAGGAGAAAAUCUGGCUGGGACUGAUGUAUCAGUUCGACUAAUAGGUGAAACAGAAAUAUAAACAGGAAAAAAGAAUUCAGGAACUUCAACUAUAUUGGAAUUAGAAUUUUCAAAUGUUCCAAUUGGAACUUACUAGAUAGAAAUAAGAGUAGACAGUUAUUAUGGUACUUUUUCAGAUGGAAAUUAUGAAAAUUUGAUUUUGGAUUAAUCUCAAGCACCAACAGUAAAUAAUCCUUCUUUUUCUACUAUAGGUGGAGUCAUUAUCAAUAUAAGUGGUGUAGGGUUUUCUUCUAACUCUUUUUCACAUUUAGUCAAAUUUUGUGGAUUGACCUGUAAAGUGCUGUCAUCCAGUUUCAAUAGUUUAGAAGUAUUAGCUCCGAUGUUAUUACCAUCAUAAUUAUUAUAAUCUACACCAUAUUCCAAGAUACUUCUUAAAGACUUGAUUAUAUCAGGGGAUAAAAUGGAAUUAGCACAGAAUAUAUAUGAUGAUAUAAUAUCAACAGAGUACUCAUCUGAUUCAUAAACCUCAUGCUUUAUAUAAUUUAAUCUGAAAUCAUAAUAUGCCUAGCUGAAACUUACUAAAUUAAGAUUUUAACCAAAAUUAGAAUUUGAUUAAAACAAAUUAAGGACAAUUAAAAUUUAUUAUACUAUUGAUGGUUAGAACUGGAUAUCAUUGGAAUAAUUAAAAUACAUUAAUGAAGGUUGGAAUAUUGUCAUACUUUAAACGCCAAUAGAUAAGAUUAAUGCAAUUAAAUUCAUAGAUGAUCAAGGGGUUUAAGGAUCUUAAUGUUCCUUUUCUGAAAUUGAAUUAUACGGAUGGAUCUACUAUGAUGAUGAUAUACUUACUACUUGCCAACUUGAUAUAAAUGUAAAUGGCAUUCAAUUACCUAGUUUGUCAAAUGCAAACACAUUCCCUUAUCAACAUCAACCAAUUGUAGAAUCAGUGGUACCUAAAUAUGGACCUGUAAAUGUAGAAACUGUAAUAACUAUCAAGGGAAGUGGUUUCAUUCCAGAUUAAACUAUUGUAACCAUAGAUAAUGUCCAAUGCCUUAUAUUGAGUGUUAUUACUACAUAAAUUACAUGUAAAACUGGAAUUAAAACUGUGUUUACAGAUAACAGUGGAUUAGUUGUCUAUGUGUCAAAAGCUUAAGCUCUUGUUAUAUAACAGUUUAUGUAUAUUUAAAAGUGGUCAGACGCUUCAACAUGGGAGUAUAAGGUUCCAAAGGAUGAAGAUUCAGUCCUAAUUAAAAAUUAUUAAAAAGUAUUAUUAGAUGUCAAUACAAAACAACUUGAGAGACUAAUUAUUGAAGGAACAUUGAUAUUUGCUGAUGAACAAGACACCAAAUUGAUUGCCAACUCAAUUAUACUAAGGGAAGGUUCCUUAAUUAUUGGGUCUCAAGAUUAACCCUACUAGCAUUAAGCUAUCAUUAUGAUAAGCGGAAGAGAAACCGAUUUUUAAUUCCCUUUAAUUGGAAACAAAGUUAUAGGAUGUAUAAAGUGUUAAAUCCAAAUGUUUGGUAAAUAAAGAACUUUCACUUGGAGUUUCUUAGAUUCUAAAGUCUUAAAGGGUGAUAGCAUAAUUAAAUUGAGUUCAUCCGUAGAUUGGAAUGUGGGUGAAUCCAUUGUAAUUGCCACUAGUAGUAAUAAUAUUGAAGAGAAUGAAAUUAGAAUUAUCAAAGCUGUUAGUUCUGAUAAAAAAAGUAUUACUCUAGAUAAACCACUCAGUUAUACACAUACAUCAGAAUUAACAUCGAAAACUGAAGUUGGUUUAUUGUCAAGAAACAUUUUGAUUCAGACAGAAUCACAAGGUUCAAACAAUUAUGGUGUUCAUAUUCAUAUUAAUGGAAGAUAAAGUGAAGGAACCAUAGUCAAAAUAUCAAAUGUUGAAAUUGCAAAUGGAGGAUAGACUAAUCUUGUCGGUAGAUAUCCCAUUCACUUUUUUAAUAAUGAAGAAAUGGAUUAAUCACUCAUUGAAGGUAAUUCUAUUCAUGACAGUUAUUCAAGAUGCAUUGUAUUGAAUAAUGUAAAAUAUCUAAGGGUAAUAAAUAAUGUCUGCUUUAAUAUCAUUGGAAAUGCUAUUCAUUUAACUAGUGUUGCAGAUAUUCAUAAUAGAAUUGAAUCUAAUCUAGUUAUUAGUAUAAAAUCAAACUAAUAUGUUGACAACUCUUGUUCUUUCUUCAAUUUUUAGACAUACAUAAACUAAUUGUAAGAUAUAGACAGAUAAUCCUCGGCAUUUUACAUAUCAAAUCCAUAAAAUACUAUCAUUAACAAUAGGGCAAUUUCAAGUGAUUAUAUUGGGUUCAAUAUCUUUGUUAAUAGAAUCAAUAGUCAUGAUCAUCUGAUGACACAACCUUUAGGGUGGGAUGUAAAGAAUAUCCAAAACAAUGUUGCACAUUCUGUUGUAGGUCAUGGAAUUCAAAUAAACAUUUUAUUAGAUACUCAAUAACAAUAAGAUUAAUAGAAUUUAGCAUAUAUCCUUAAACUAUUUUCUGUGUGGUAAAAUAUAUUUAAUGAUUUAAAUCUUAUUAUAAGGACAGAAACUGAAGUAUUCGAGACCUAAUUCAAUUUUCCUAAUGCUGAUGCUAUUGAUUUAAGUAUAAUUAGCUCUUCUACUUUGACUAAUUUAUAGAAUCCUUUGAUAAUCAAGAUUUAGUAUUUAUUAAGUAAUUAGAAUUUCCAAGUCUACAGAUUUAGAGAUUAAGCAUUUUAGCCAUUGUUGGAAAUUCCUAACUAAUAAAACUGUUAAUUUGGUGAUUGGUAUAAUGAUUAGAUUACAAAAUCUUUAUAUAUUUGCAUCUCUGGUCAAUAAUAAAAGAGUAAAUACCCAAUUAAAGUCAAAGGAAUGAUAUGCUUAAAUAAUGAUUAAUGUAACUUUGCAAAUGAAAAUGCUUAAUGUCCUAAUAUAUUAUUAAUCUAAAACAAUGAUGAUGGAUCUAGUGGAGGUUAAGAUAGUAAUAACACUGAAAACAAUAAUAAUAAUAAUGGCGGUGAUAGUAAUACAGAUAAUACUACUGGUAAUGAAAAUAAUAAUGGUGGUACUGAUAAUGGUAAUACAGACAAUAAUACUAAUACUGGAAAUACUGAUAACACAAAUAAUAAUGGUAAUACUAACAAUAGUGGUAAUACUGAAAAUACAAAUACUGAUAAUUCUAAUACCAAUAAUAAUAAUGGUAAUACUGAUAAUACAAAUACUGACAAUUCUAAUACUAAUAAUAAUAAUACUGAUAAUUCUAAUAAUAAUAAUACUGGUAACACAGAUAAUACAAAUAAUAAUAACACUGGCAAUACAGAUAAUACAAAUAAUAAUAACACUGGUAAUACAAAUAAUACAGAUAAUAAUAACACUGGUAAUACAAAUAAUUCAGAUAACAAUAAUACUGAUAAUACAAAUAAUAAUAAUACCGAUAAUACUAAUACAGGUAAUAAUAAUAAUGAUAAUACAAAUACUGGUAAUAAUGAUAAUUAAGUUAAUACUAUUUACAAUUGGUCUUCUCCUUUAGCAUGGAAACCAAAUCAAAUUCCAAAGGUUGGUGACAAGGUUACAAUUAAAAAAGGCUAUUAGAUAAUUUUAGACAUAGAUCCACCAGAGUUGGAUGAAUUGACAAUUGAAGGCUAAUUGAUAUUUGAUAAGAAAAGACAAGAGUCAGUUCUAUAAAGCAGUUCAAUUAUUAUUAGUUAAGGUUAAAUUAUUGCAGGAAGUAAAGAAAACCCAUUUGAAGGCAAAAUAACUAUCAAAUCCCUUAACAUUUAAGUGUUCAAUAGAUUUGAAUUAUACUCCACUAUUCCGUAAACAUUCCAGACUCGAUUAGUCGUAAGUUCUUAGGCUGGUUCUAAUAACAUAGAAGUUUAGGAAUGCUAAGAUUGGUAAAUAGGAGAUAAAAUAGCACUUGGGCCUUCAGGAACUAGAUGGAAUUAUAAUGAGGAAAAAGUGAUAAUAAAUAAAUAGGGUUGUGUGUUAACUUUAAAUUCUCCAUUGAGAUAUGAUUAUUAUGGAGAUAGAUCAAUUACAAUAAUGAAAAAUAAUAUAGGUUAGUUGGAUAUGAGAACAUUGGUUGUUCAUUUAAGCAGAAAAAUAAAAAUCUAGAAUCCUGAUUUAAGUCAAGGAGGAACCAUAUAAAUAGUUCAUGGUUUAAUAGAAAAUGACAUUUAUAUUGGGUAGAUAAGUUUACAAGGUGUAGAGCUAGUAAAUUUUGGUUAAAUAGAGAAAGCUGGCUUAACAAUUGAGAACAUUUUCAUUUAAGCAUCCUAAACUAGCAGUAUCGUUGGUUGUAGUUUUCAUGAAGGCUAAGGGAAAUUUUUGAGGAUUUCCAAUAGUAACAAGGUUUCAGUACUAAAUAAUGUAUUUUAUUCAGGAGUAAAAGCAUUGGUAGAGAUAGUGGAUUAAAAAUAUUUGAUAUUUAAGAAUAACAUAUUGAUUCAUGUCAAAAAAGCAGUUACAAGUAAUUGGGCAGUUUUGGCCAAUUUUAUAUUUUCGAAGAGCAAUCUCAAUAUCCUAAGAAGUAAUUUAGAGAUAACAGAGAAUAUUGGACAAGGAUCAGAAGAUGCAGGAUUCUAUAUAGUUUCUACUUAUUGCAAUUAAGUGGAUCAAGCAAAUAUCUAUAAUAAUGUUUGUUCUUCAGCAUAGAAUGCUUGUUUUGCUGUUGUCCAGAGAAAUAGUGCUUGUGAUGCCAUAUCAGAUCUUUAUGCUUAUCAUAGCAAAAUUGGAAUAAUGUUUUCUGUAAAUUCUAGGUAAUUAGAAAUGAAGAAGUUUAUAACUGCUGAGAAUAAGAUCAACAUAAUAUUGAAAGGAUCAUCAAUAAAUGAAAUGAAUAAUGUAAUAAAAAUUAGUGAUGGUUAUAUCACUGCUGUUGCUCGUCCUAAUUGUUUUUCAUGUUAUGAGAAUAUAGAUGUAAAUUAUUGCUCUUCCACUCUUGGUAUGCAAUUGGCAACUAUGUCAUCUUAAUCAUUCGUGCCUACAGUAGAUAAUUUGAUGUCAGAUCAAUUUGAUUGGAUAAGUACUAAACAGGUAAUGGAUUUAAAGGUUUUGGUUAACAAUUUAGAAUUCAACUAAUUUAAGGUUAACAACAAUUAGGUUGCGAAUUGUGUUGAAAAUGCAGUAUUCAGACAACACCCUCAAGCCAUUGAUAUGACAGGCAGACAUUAUUUAAAAAAUACAUUAUGUACUGAUUGUGAAUUUGAAUCUUUGUUAUAUAGAUUAAGAGAUUCAGAUUUUAAUAAGAUUGGAUUCUUAGGUGGAUGUGGCUCUAUGGAAUGCACAGGAUAAAAGAAUAUAUUAAUUGAAGAUUUAACAGGAGACUUCUUUGGAGAAAUAGGAUAAGGUAUAUCGAAUAAUACUGAAUUUGGGUAGCAUGCUAAAUAUUGCAAGAGAAUUGAACAAUGGAAUGGUUAUUGGUGCCCAGGUAGAAAUAUCUAAGUAUUGUAUUUUAUGAGUACUGCUCCAGAUGAAAAUACUCGUUUGUUUUCUCCUGUUGUUUUAUCUGAUGGAAAGAACAAGAAUAUUUUAAAUAGUUGUUAUGAAUGGAAUUGGCUUUAGAGCAAACCUUUAUAAACAAGGGAAUCCAAUUUCAUAGGUUUAGUAUCUGCCAAUUCUAUUAUCGGAUUGAAUACAACUGGACUAUAACCUACAUCCUCAAAAUUUUGGUUAUCCUAAAAUUCUGAUGCUAAAGCAUAGGAUUAGGUAAUCAUUUCAAUCAAAUUUGAUAUCAAAUUGAUGCCUAAACUAUUUAAAAAUGGUAUUACAAUUUCACCUAGUUUACUCGACUCAUGCGGAUCUUAUAACUAUUCAUUUAUAAAAAAUAAACUUGAUUUUACAUUGACUUAAGAACCAGAUUGUUAUGUAGAUGUGAAAUUGUUCAAUUAUCUUGCUAUAAAAUAGAAAUUUUUAGCUAAUCAAUCUUUGAAUUGUAUCCAAUUUGAGUUAACAAUGUAACUAUAUUUCCAAAUUGAUUCUUAAAACACAGUUUGUUCUAAUUCCAUAGAUGAAGGAAGGAGAAGACUAGGAGAAUCUGAUCUAGUCGAAAUCACAUUUGAAUGGGCUAUUAUUGACGAUGCUUAACCAGGUACACCAGAAGCUUAUGGAUCCGAAGAGAGACUAUCUAAAUAUAUUGAUAAGUUAUCUCAAUUCACUCCAGAUCCUGAUUUUGGAAUAUAUGAAAUUCUUUCCUAAUCUUAUGAAUCAUAUAUUCUAACUGAAAUCAACUUUCCAAGUUCUGAGCCAACUGAAUUACUAGAUACUAUAAUAUCUAAUCCAAUUGUUGAGACAAACACUAAUUAUUCUGAUACAUCCUCUUAAGGUCUUGAUAUCAUAUCUAUUAGUGAGAAUGAAAGCGUAAAUUAAGACAAAAACAACAAUGGAAAAGUCAUUAUUUCAAAAGAUUCUGAACCUUUUGAUGACAAUGAUUACAACUAAGAAUAAUCCUUAAUUAUUAUUCUGUCAAUUGUCAUCCCACUUGCCUUUAUCAUUCUUAUUACUAUAGUGUGCAUAAGGAGAGUAAAUCAACGCAAAAGCUAAGUGGUAAUUCCUACUAUUCAAAUCUAAUAAAAUGAAACUACAAACAAUAAAUUACCUGAUACCACCUUGAUGGGUAAAUCAGCCUUUAAAACACCAAAAGCAGGCUAUAAUGAUAAAAUUGAAUUUGUUACAAAAAUCUGA